AUGAAGCUGAAGGUAUAUGCAGAUCGAAUGUCCCAGCCUUCACGGGCCGUUAUCAUCUUCUGCAAGGUAAACGGAAUAGACUUCGAGGAAGUCAGAAUAGACAUAACCAAGCGCCAGCAGUUAUCUACUGAAUUCAAAGAAAUAAACCCUAUGGGAAAAGUGCCAGCUAUAGUUGAUGGACGAGUCAAGCUGUUUGAAAGUCAUGCAAUCCUUAUCUAUCUUGCUUGUGUAUUUCCUGGAGUUGCUGAUCAUUGGUAUCCAGCUGACCUUUUCAAGAGAGCUAAAAUUGAAUCAGUGUUAGAUUGGCACCACUCUAAUUUACGCCAGGGAGCAGUUACAUAUGUCGUGAAUACUGUACUUCCACCUGCGCUUGGACUACCCCUGAAUCCACAAGCCGCUGCCGAGGGUGAGAAAGUUCUCUUUUCAUCCCUGUCAAAAGUAGAGUCCUUUUGGCUCAAGGGGAGUGGACUAUUUUUGCUAGGUGGCAAUCAACCAUCUAUAGCAGAUCUAAGCCUUGUGUCUGAACUAAUGCAACUGGAGGUUUUGGAUGAAAAUGAUCACAAUCGAAUACUUGCUCCAUAUAAAAAAGUUAAGCAAUGGAUCAAAGAUACAAGAUAUGCAACAAACCCUCACUUUGAUGAAGCACAUAAAAUGCUCUUUAAAGCCAAAGCAAGGCUGCAAAAGCAGCCGUCAGUGGGGACAAACAGUGAGACUCAAUCAAGCUUGAAAGCAACAUUGCCCUCAAAGAUGUAAACGUUGUUCAACUGGGGUUUGUCUUGUGCAGGCUUGAGCCAAAAACCAAAAAACUGGGACAAACAAUGUAAUCCAUGGUUGCAAUUAAUACACAUGAUAGUCAUAGAUUCUAGCAAUUUUCUGUAACUGGUGUUUUUGGGCCCGAAGGAGAUGUUGUGUUAUAGAUAUCAAAGUUUUAUUGUGAAACUUUGAAAUCUAAGAUUUGACUAUUAGAUUUUACUUUAUCGAGUUGGUAAAAUAAUAUACACUAGCCUGACUUGCUAUCAA